GUGGCGAUAAGUUGCUACCUUGACUGAAACGCAACACGAAAAACAGCUUUUAUUCUAGUAACGAGGGAUGUUUCUACUUUGCUUCAUUACUAGGGGAUUCCAACUUUUAACAACUACUCUGAAGCGUGAUGAUGAACAAACAGUGCUUAGAAAUGUUGAUCAUGUGGUUUAUUUUAUGCCAUAUCUUGUAUAUCUUUUGGGAUAACUUAUGGGUUAUCUUGCCAUUGGUCUAUUUUAUCUUAUAUCGUAUCUUCAUAAUAUACGAUGUUCCAGGAGAGAAGCUUAAAUUCUGCACAGCUCUCAAGAAAUAUGGAUUACAACCAAAUGAAUUUAAUAACCUUCUCACAAGCAAGAUGGAAAAACUCUUUAAUGGUAUCACAAAAGAAUUGCCAAGUCCUGUUAACACAAGCAAAAAAAAGGCAAAACGAUGUUUAUGUAUAAGAGCAAACACAACAAAUUCAAAGGUGUUAGAUCAAGGAAACCGCGUUGCUAUCCGAUUACGCAUUUUGGAACAAUUCAAAGGCAAACUAUCAGAUCUAAUGAAAUCUCCAAGCUGUAUCCAAGAGGAAACUAGGAGUCAAGGGGAUAUCAACCCCAGUAAGUCAGAUCACAAUGAAUAUCACCUAGAGCAAGCCGAACUUUUCCGGGAAUUGCAAAAGCAGGGAAAACUAGACAGUGAUAGUUUUGACGAUAAUGGCUACUUAUUAGAGAAUAAUGGUAAGAAAUGUUCUAUUGUAAGUAUGUGCAACAAACUUGAUAGUAUUACACAGGAAUAUAUUAAAGAAUAUGAAAAGGAACAAAAAGAUCCUGCAAAAAGAAGGGGGCAAGAUAGAGAAGUGGCAAUGAGAAACGGGGAAUCCCUUGUGAAAUUAUUCUUACCCUGUAUUCGUAUAAUAAUGGGAAGAACGUCUGUAGAUUGGGCAAUAGCUAACAACAUAAUGAGUGUGAAUGGAUAUAAACAGUGGAAAGAACAUUUAUGGGCAUUAAUGACAUUUGCUGCAUUAUCAGUUGUUAUCGAUGCCCUGUCUAAAUUACCUAAAUAUGGAUCAAAUAGCCUUUUUGCUUUUAUAACCAGCUGGUCAGCUGGCCAGCCAUCCAACCAGCCAUCCAACCAGCCACCCGACCAGCGAGCCACCUGACCAGCCACCUGACCAGCCAGCUAAUUAAAAUGUGUUUUUGAUAUACAGCAUGGAACAGACACGAUUGCUGAAAAUUGUAAAUGUCUGUUUUAGAAUCAAUGCAUUUAUGCUACUAAAAGAUUUGGUCGGACGUUCUGUAUUCCAUUGGGAUAAACUACCCAUUGUUUGGGUGGACACUCAAGCAUACCGGGGAUCAGUCCAUUCACUGUCCACCUCAGUCUAAUUAUGACUGGACCCUUACAUACAAUAAUAUCAUAUUUAUAUAAUAGUUCUAAAUUCUAGAAUUUUAAAGAAACAUGACUUGUAGAGUGUUGAAUGAGCGGAGUAUGCAUAUCCUCUCAUUCUUUACUAUCAAUAGAUAAGGUUUAAGGACUUGUCUUGGCAUGUUUCGACUUAACAGUCGCUAGUUGCAUAUUUUAAAUUGCUCCCAAGUCAAUUCCAAAAAGUCAUAAUCAUAAGUUAUAAUAUGUAGUGUUUAAAAAACGAGUAGGAGUGUUUUAUCAGGUAUAAAAGCAUGAGGUGUAGCCGAGUGCUUUUAUACCUGAUAAAACACGAUCUACGAGUUUUUUGAACUGCUUAAAACACUC